AUGUAUUCCAUCCCUAUUUGCCGCACGGCAGUUCGACUGGCCGCCGUUGCCCUGCUUUCCUCUUCUGUCCGUCUCGCCCAUGCUGCUCCGGCUGCGGUGGAAGCUCGCGCUCUGUACGGCCGGGCGAUCUCGUUUGCAGAGUCCUGCACCGACAUUGCCUACUUUGGCUACUGCCGGGUCGAGGCCACGUGCACUCUAGACGGCAGCGCCAUCUCGACGGACGCCGAGACGCAGCAUACGAUUCUCGAUCUGGGCCAGUGCAUCGGCUACAACAAGUCGACAGAGCAGCUGACGUGGCGCUCAAAAUCCGUGUCACGCUGGAAUAUGGGCUACUGCGCGCCUUGCAGCCAGUGCACGAUUGACCCCGACACGACCGAGAUGACUUGCGACUGCUCCUACGUGCUCCAGAGUAAGGACCACACGUCGCAACUGUUGCUGAGCGACCAUGUCUACAACCACGAAGGCCUGCUCAGCUGCCUUGACGUCAUUGGAGAUCCAGAUCCGAACUACUCCAUGAAGACAACAACAGCAUCGACUGAAUAG